UUUGUUCCAAUUAAUCCUCUCUAUAGUUGUUUAUUGGUAAAGCAAAAGAAAUUUUUUUAACUUCAUGGGUAGCUUCGCAGCCAGGUGGAGGGUUCUGAGCGGCGAGGACGAGUGGGAGGGUCUACUAGACCCUCUCGACAUCGAUCUUCGCCGCUACAUCAUUCACUAUGGUGAAAGGGCUGGAGCCAUUGGUUACGGAUUCAUUGACAAGCCAACAUCAAUUUCGAAGAAUAUCGGACUUCCCCGGUAUGCCAAGAGAAAUUUAUUCUCUAAGGUGGGUUUGGAGACAGGCAAUCCAUACAAGUACGAGGUGAAGAAGUAUUUGUAUGCAGCAACAAGAUUUGCGCCUGGGAAAUCAAUCUUGUUGGGAUUUGUUGCGGUGUCGACGGAUGAAGGAAGUAAAGUGUUAGGAAGGAGGGACAUUCUGAUUUCAUGGAGAGGAACCAUGUUGGACCAAGAGGUAGAGGUCGACGCUACGAUACUUUUUUUCUCAGCUUCUGAUAUUCUGGGGAAGGAACAUAAUCCUCAGGUGCACCUUGGUUGGCAUGGCUAUUAUACUAAUCUUGACUCUGAGUCAGCACACAAUAAAACUGCUAGUUGCAGAGAUCAGGUUCUAGCUGCAGUUAGAGAACUAGUAGACCAAAACAAGGACGAGGAGAUCAGCAUUACUGUCACUGGCCACAGCAUGGGUUCAGCUAUUGCAGUUCUAAAUGCAACUGAUAUUGUUUAUAACGGAUACAAUAAGCCUACAAACUCAAACAAUGUGAGUCUUGUCACAGCCAUUGUGUUUGCCUGCCCAAAUGUGGGAGACCAAGGCUUCAAGAAGGUAUUCUCUAGUCUCGAAAAUCUUCGGGUCUUGCGUAUCACCAACGAAUGGGAUCCUGUCCCUAAGUUACCAAUUCUACCUUAUGUUCCUGUUGGAAAAGAGUUGGUAAUCGACACUCUCAAAUCGCCCUACUUGAAGAAUGCAAUAGACUCUGUGCAUCAGUUGGAGGUUUACUUGCAUGGAGUGGCAGGAACACAAGGGAGAAACAAUGAUUUUAAAUUGGAAAUUAAUCGAGAUCUUGCAUUGGUAAACAAAAUUUUGGAUGGUCUAGAUGAUAAAUAUCAUAUAAUUCCUAAGUGGUGGAUAGAGAGGAACAACUCUAUGGUUCAGAUGGAGGACGGCUCCUGGGAGUUAAUGGAUCAUGAGAAAGAUGACGACGACGAUGAUGAUGGAGCCCAGUAUUUAAAUUGACAAUCAUGUGGGACUGGGAUAAGGAACAACUCCACGCACCAAAUAAACUAUAGCAUCUAGUUUUAAUGUUCCUAUUGUUUCCUUAGUUUGUAGCUCAAAUGGUUAAGAGCAUGUACCCUUACACUCGAAGUUUGGUUCGAUUUCCCUCCUCUUCUAACUUGUAUAAAAAAUAAAUAAAAUAAAAUCAAGAAUUCCUUUUCGUUUGUCCAAGAAU